UGUUUGUUCUGCUGAACUGAGUUACUGUGUAAACGCAGGCGUGGUUCUGGCAACCCUGAUCGUUACGGCACUCACAACCGGACAAACACCCCCCCCCCUUCCCCCCCCCCCCCCCCCCCCAACAGACGUUAGCUAAUCAUGUCCAUGCAGACGCCCGAUUGGCCGAUAGCACCGCUGAGAUUCAAACCCUGAACCUUCAGAUCAACAAAAACACACUGGAUUAAAAUAAAGUAACAACAGCCACCUGAAGUGUGUCUGUGGGAAUUUGUGCCUGUUCAGGCAAAAGAUGGCAGCAUUUGUACGUCUGGGUGCUGAUUGAUUAGUCGGUGUUCUGAUUCAUCCCAGAGCUGUUGAGUGGGGCUGAGGUCAGAGCUCUGUGCAGGAAAGGGCCUUCCCUAAACUGUUGCUGCACAGUCAGAAGCAUUUCAUUUCCCUUACAUCAUUAAUGAGCUACAGCUUUAAUAAAUUGGAGAGAGGUGAGGGUGUUCCUGGGUGUGUUUGUCGUGAACCUGCUGGUUCGAGGUCGAGGUGUUUCUGCUACACCAAACGUUUCAGGAUCAGGGAUGUAAGGGUACAUUCUACCCCCCCCCCCCCCCCCAGGAGGAGGUGAUUAGAGCUUCCACACUCAGAUCCUUCAGAUACAGAGAGAAGAUGGAGGAUGAGGAGAAGAACCAGGAGCAGAGAGUCGUUCUGAUGAUCCUCACCGUGAGUAUGAUGCUGCUGGGCGUGUAACGGCUCGGUGUGGGGGAUGCCGGAGCGGAGCGGUGAUUACCGCGUGGUGCUGUUUGGAUCCGGCGCUGUAGGAAAGACGUCACUGGUGCUCCGGUUCGUUAAGGAAACUUUCCAUGAUUCCUACAACCCGACGGUGGAGGACACGUACUGGCAGGUGAUUGGCUGUGAGCGUAGCGUGUGUAUGCUACACAUCACCGAUACCAGCGGGAGCUACCAGUUCCCCGCCAUGCAGCGCCUCAACAUCUCCAAAUCUGACGCCUUCAUCCUGGUCUACUCUGUCACCAGCCGCCGCUCUCUGGAGGAGCUGAAGCCCGUUCAUCAGCAGGUCGUGGCUAUCAGGGGGAACGUGGAGCAGGUUCCCAUCAUGCUCGUGGGUAACAAGAGCGACGACGAAUCUCUGCGGGAGGUGCAGGCGGAGGACGGGGCGGCGGAGGCACAGGCGUGGAAGUGUGGCUUCAUCGAAACAUCGGCUAAAAAUCAGCAGAAGGUCACGGAACUGUUUCAGGAGCUUCUGAAGCUCGAGAAGAAACGAAACCUCACGCUGAUCGACCACGGAAAACUCAAACAAGACGGGAGCAUGAAGAGGAGAUGUAGCGUCAUGUAAACAUGUUAGGGCAGUGAUAGCUCAGUGGUUAAGGUACUGAACUAGUAAACAGAAGGUUGCCGGUUCAAGCCCCGCCACCACCAAGUUGCCACUGUUGGGUCCCUGAGCAAGGCCCUUAACCCUCAAUUGCUCAUUGUGUAAGUCGCUUUGGAUAAAAGCGUAUGCUGAAAAUGUAAAUGUGAAUGUAAAAAUGUAAACACUGACACAUGAGCUUUAAACUAUGAAUCAACAGAUAUUAAAUAUAAGCAACAAUA